CUCCGGAACACGGCCAGCGGCCGGAACGUGGACGGAAUCUGGGUUCUCGUGGUGGUACACGAUGGCGUCAAGGUCAACGGUAGUUUGUCGAUUGUGUGCCCAGGAGCGCGCUAGUGUGAAGAUAUUGUUCGAAAAGAAAAAUGCACCGCUACUAGGAAUGUUCCAACAAUGCACAGGGUUACCGAUUUCAAAGUACGAUGAACUGCCACAGGCCGUGUGUGAAUCAUGCGAACAGGACCUACACACCUUGCACUCCUUCUUUAUACGAUGUCGUCAAAAAAGGCCCUCCGCAGGAAUGGGGCAGACAGACCCGAGCAAUCUGGAUAACAAAGAGCCCGACCAGGCCCCAGGGCGCACAGGAACAGCUGCUAAAACAAAUGAACAAGAAUCGCGAAUCGAGGAGCGACCAUUCGUUUGUGAGUUCUGCAACAAACGCUUUAAGGCCUGGAUGGGGCUACAGGAACAUUACAUUACCCACACCGAAGAUCGGCCCUUUGCGUGCCCGAUUUGUGAUCGACGAUUUAAAUCUUCCAAACACUACAAACGCCACUACGUCAUACAUUCCGAUGAUCGCCGGUUUGGGUGCAACGUUUGCAAUAAGAUGUUUAAAACAUCGUCCGAACGGAUUUCCCACGCCAAAACACACAGCGAGGAGCGCCCGUUUGCUUGCGAAAUUUGUGGCAAAACGUUUAAGACCGCCAAAAUACGCAAGAUCCACUACACCAUGCACAGCAAUGAGCGUCCGUUUGCGUGUGAGCUGUGCGAUAAACGAUUCAAAACGUCCAGCAACCUUUCCUCACACUCGCUAUCACACAACAAAGAAAGGCGCUUCAAGUGCGAACUUUGCGGCAAACAGUUUCAUUCCUCGUUCCGGCUUAAGGAUCACAUUUCAACGCAUUCCGAUGACCGAUCCUUUGCUUGUGAGUUUUGUGAGAAACGGUUCAAAACGUGCAAGCAGCGCAAAAUCCACUACGCAACGCACAGCGAUGACCGGUCGUUCGUGUGCGACAUAUGUAACAAACGGUUUAAAACCUCCAGCACGCUGGCUACGCAUUACGCCCUGCACACGGACGACCGGGUGUACAAAUGCGAUACCUGUGGAAAGACAUUCAAACAGAACAAAAAUUUAAAACGCCAUAUUGCGACUCUACAUGAGGAUGCAGCUAGUACAUUGUAACUCGCCUGUUUCAUU